UUUAAACCAAGCUAGUAGUAGAGUGGGUGAGAAAAAAAACCACAAAAGCUACAAUGCCCCAUUCUUCUGAAGCACAAAACUAAAGGCAAAAAAAAAGGGAGAAUUGAAGGAGAAACCAAAAGGGGGCAAGUUGCUAACAAGCCUAUAUAUAUUCAGGUGCAAUAUAAUGGCAAGUCCAAAACAGGUGAUGGAACAGCAGCAGCAGACACAGCUGCAGAUCCCUCUCCUGAAGAACUCCUCAGGAGUGAUCAGCUACAGCGGGAACACUCCAAUGGGGGACGACAAGGCGGAAGAGAUGACCCGAACAGCCCUCUCCACCUUCCGUGCCAAGGAGGAAGAGAUCGAGAGGCGAAGGAAAGAGGUCACCGACAGGGUCCAGGCACAACUAGGCCGCAUGGAGGAAGAAUCCAAGCGCCUAGCAGAAAUCCGCGAGGCGCUAGAAGGGUUUGUUGAUCCCGCGGGGAAGGAAGCUGCAGUGGUGCGCAAGAAGAUUGAUGUGGUCACUAGAGAAUUGAAGUCACUGGGGCAGACCUGCCAGAGAAAGGAAAAGGAGUAUAAAGAAACCCUGGAUGCAUUUAAUGGGAAGAGCAAGGAAAAAGCUCAGCUAAUCACCAAAUUAAUGGAGCUGGUGAGUGAAAGCGAAAGAAUGAGAAUGAAGAAGCUUGAAGAGCUGAGCAAGAAUGUUGAUACUCUGUGCUGAGGUGCUUAGCUAUGGGGGUCAACUUCUCUUCACUUGAGAACAAAUUCCUCUGUGAAAUUGUAACAUUUUCUGUGUUUAGUGUCUAUCUCUGUACUCUGUAUCUGGUUUUCUGCAGUCAGGAUUGAGUUUCCUUCUUCUGUAUUAUGUUUGUAAAGAAUCAUAUGAUUGGGCUUUCCUGUUACAGUAUAGCAAAAUGGGUUUUAAGAGUAACA